UGAUAAAUUGUUGCUGGGGGUGACGUCAUGGUCGCUGCUGUCUGAUGUCGGGAGGCUGCGCUGGGGAGGCCGCGCGCACCGGAGGGGACCGGGCACACUCGUAGACUCAGGUCGUCCGCACCGCUCGGCUCGGUCGAUAACAGGGCAGAUCCUCUCCCAUCCCCCUUACCCCUUUUCUUUCAGAGAGUAUGGCACAGGAGACCAAUCAAACGCAAGUGCCAAUGCUUUGCACGAUGGGAUGUGGUUUCUAUGGUAACCCCCGCACCAAUGGCAUGUGCUCUGUCUGCUACAAGGAACACCUGCAGAGACAACAGGGAGGGGGGCGGUCAAGCCCCCCGGGAGAAAAAGCUGCUGUCUCACCUCUGGGCUCCCCGGGGGCCGCCGGUGCGUCUGUGGAGGGCGCCGCCUCGGAACCCUGCGGAGAGGAGGUGGGAACGCCCCCGGAGGAGAGAACGCCCAGUCCCAGUUCGCCCAGCCCAGUGACCCAGCAGAUGACCGCCAUGAGCAUCUCCCAAGACACGGCCGCAACCGUAGACUCGGACCGGGCCGAGGCUGACGAAGACGAAGAGGAGGGCACAUCCAAAAACACAGGGCCCCAGGGGGAAGCAGCACAGACCUCUUCUGACGGCGACCAGACCCCCGAUAAAAACAAGAAAAAGAACCGCUGUUUCUCCUGCCGGAAGAAAGUGGGCCUUACUGGUUUCGACUGCCGCUGCGGGAACCUGUUCUGCGCCAUCCACCGCUACUCCGACAAACACGACUGUCCCUACGACUACCGGGGCGCCGCCGCCGCCCGCAUCCGCAAGGAGAACCCCAUCGUGGUGGCGGAGAAGAUCCAGAAGUUAUGAGGGGGGGGCGCGCGCCGCGGAGGCCCCUCCUCUUCCUCUUGACCUGCGUGAAUAAUUGGAACAAUGUAGAAACGGACGGCGGGAUAAAUCCACCCUGACUUGCGAACGGCUUUCCGGGUUCCAUGGGAGGGGGGGGGGGGGGGGGGUAGGUGCGGCCCCACCCCUCCCCCUGUAAGCCUCUCUCCCCCUCGCUCUCUCUCUCUCCUCCAGUCACGGUUUGAAACUGAACUUUGUGUGUGUGUGUGUGCGUGUGAAAAUGGCGAGUGACCAUAACCUAGAGCAUGGAGAGAGGGCUGUGGGCGUGGCCUGUGGUCGGCUGUUGCUGAGGUGAAGUGGUGAAACCGGAAGGUGAAGUGAGCCAACGGUUAACCCACACGAGAAGGAGAGACUCGGCUCAUUGGUCCAAAGCUAGCAACCUAAGGAACGGACCGGGAGUUCUGCAGGACGCUGUUUUAUUCCUCUCAAACAUUUUUGGGAGUUCUAAUGAUUUACUCCCUUUAACGAAAAAUAAGCAGAUUGAUGAUUUGGCUGGUUUUAUUUUUUAUCCAAUUUUAGAAGCGUUUUCUUCCCCCUCUCCUCGUGUUGUGCUCACCCAAUCGGCGGCUCCUUGGUGUUCAGAGAGCGUUCUUUGAGGAGUUGAUUCUACUGAUGUGGGGUGCAUGAGCAGUCAGAGUGGGCGCAGAGUGGUGGGGGGGGGGGGGGGGGGGCUAGGUCUUUGGGGGCGGGGGGGGCCUUUUACUUCAACCAAGUGAUUGAUUGAUUUAUGUACAUUUAUUUUUUUUCUCCUUUUUUGUUAGAUUGAGCGUAUGACAUCAGAAGAUCUAUAUUAAUAUAUUGUAGUUAGCUUGAAUUGUGUGAUUGCAUUCUAUUUAUUUUUUUAUCGUUUGGUUGGUUUGGGGGGGGGGGGGCAUGUGUCGGCAAAUCGGUUUCAGGGGUUUGCCAUUAACCUUUUCAAUUCUAUUUAAGUAUUCCAUCAUGAUUAUGUAACCAUUUUACUGAAAAAUAUACCAGCUCUUGACAUAUUAAGAGUCGAGUCCAGUUAAGACGUCAGGUCAAAGGUUGUGCAGUUUAGUAUCUCGUCAUCUUUGGGUUUGGGGAGCGAAACACGACAGGAUGAAGUGGCGUUUGAAGAUGACAAACGGGUGCCACAGCAGCAGUUUCGUUCCGCGUCUGGGGGGGUGGGCAGGGGGACAUUAUCCAUCCUUUCUAAAGUCCAUCUGUGCAGAAGCAGGCCUGCCACGGCAUAUCCCCCCCCCGCGCGCUCUUGGAUUUAGGGGGGGACCGUCUUGUCUGGGUGGAGGCGGGCCCCUCCUCUGAUCGGAGGCCCCUUUUUCUUUUCCGUUUUCCCUGGAGUACCACGGAGCUCCCGUUUCCUCUGACCACCAGCAGACCACUAAGACGCGCGGAGCGAGAACCGACUGCCGCUCGCUCCACGGUGACAUUCAGACGGCCGCGGCCGGCGGGGGGUCGAUUCCGUUGCAAUAAUAAAGAUUUGCUUUGCUGUGCUUAAAAGUCGUGGUCCGAUUUCCGGAGAGUCCCCGAAGAUCUCCCUCAGCCACUCCCCCCCCGAGAGCCCCCCCGUAUGCAUGCGUCCGUACGCUGUCAUUCGUAGGGGACGGCGUUCUUUUGUACUGGACUGCCGAGUGUGGGAAAAAGAAGUGAGACUGUUUGAAGACACAGCCGUAGCACAAAGCAAUGCAUGGCUUAAACCGCCGCUAUGGUUCACCUUAACUGGACUCUACUAACUUUUGAUUUCUUCCCAAAUGUAAAUACCAUAUGACUCCUACUCAUAUAGUAUACUUGUAUGUAGAUUGUUGCCAGAAGACCUUUUUAGGGUGUUGGGAUUAUGGUAGAAAAAAAACUGUGUAUAAAGUGCUUUUCAUUAAUGCCCAAAAGAGAGUGCCACACAAAGCACUGGUUUUAUCGCCCCCGUUGAUCGAUAGGUUAUUCAUUUUCCAUCUAAAGGUCUGGAUAACGGUUGUAGAGAAUGUUCCACUCAUUGGCUUACCAAGACAAGUGUCACAUGCAGGACUGUUUAAAGCGUUGAAAUGAUCGCCUACUUGAACCUGCACUAUGUAACUUUGCAAAGGAUCGCUUGUGGCUACACAAUUAACUUGCCCCCACCUUGAUAGGGGUUAUCCCUAUGGAUAAAAGAAUCUGCUAAAUGACAGUGUUAUCUAAAGAUAUGGUGAAAUAGUGGAUCUUUUGAGGAGGUCAAACCCAACGGGAACACGGCUAGACUACUGAGGUUUUCCUGCUGGGCUGUAUCACGUGGUGUAGGUCCAAGACCUCCCUGACCAAGUACCACUCUAUCAGGCCAAUGGUCCAGCCAUCCAUAUGGAUGGAUGGGAUUCUCUUGUGUACCCUCUCACUUAAUUGACCCGAGCCCUGCACCGUCUUCAUGGCAGGUCUCGUAAAGUGUGUUGAAACAGGCUGCCUAUGUGGAUGUUAAGGUCAGUCAUCGCCACAAGGCUUUAACUGGGUUUUCUUUUGUUUUCAAGUGUUCAGAAGGUUUGGUAAUAGCUAUCCCGCGAUAAGCCCUAUGAUUCUUUUUCUUAAAUAACAAAAUUACUAAUAGUAGAGAAGCCAUGUAGUUGGAUUUUUAGGCCAAACUAAUGUCAGCGGUAGUUUUUGAGUUCUGCCAUUGUCUUUUCCUCCAUCAUGGCUGUAUAUCAACAAAAAAGAGUCAAUAGAUGCAGACAAUAGCCACUUGUAUGCCUGUUGUAGUCCCCCCCCCCCCUCCCCUCUAUGGUGCUGCCGUAUAAUGUGAAUUGCUUCUCCUCCACUAUAGAACUACAGGAUAUCACUCGUUUGUCCGAGCUGUAUUUAGUCCUGGCCUGGCUGAUCGUAGAAUUGGCUUUUGUCACCCAACUAUCUUUAAAGUCUUACUGAUGGACGGGCCUAAAGGAGCUUAGCGGUUUGGAACACACAGGGUCUGAAAUCCAACACCUCGGUCACUUGAAAGAAACAGGAACCAAAAAGCCCCCCAGAACCUUGUUGGGUUUCAUUUGUGCUUCAGCUGUAGUGGAACAUUGGCUCCUGUACUCUUUGGUUGGCAGUCACAGGAUGGUUCUGUGUUGAUGCUACAUACACAGGCCCGGGCGCUCUGUGAUAAGAACCAGCUCUGAAGGGUCCAUUCUGAGACUUCUCUAAAAACAAUGAUAACGUACUACUCCCAGGCGCUGAUUGGAGACGGUGUUGCUUGACAGGCCCUUGUCAUGCUCAAUGAAGGCUUGUAGAGGGGUUCAGAGGGCUGGCGUGUCACAGAAGGAUCUGUGCGUUGGCUGCGGAUGAUUGUUCCGAUGCGCGAACCAAGCCGUUGUCAGUUCACACCUUUUCUCAUGACUGCUCAUAUCUUCCUUUUGUAUUUAUUUAUUUGAAAAAUGUGAGCGGUUUGAAUGUAAACCACCACAAUAACCCAGCAUUGGAGUGAUGUGUCAUAUUUAUCAAACGAUACCCCUGGAGAUAGAGUUCUGAUGAUUGGCGGUUUUAUUAUUAUUUUCAUUUUUAACCUGAGACAGACAUAAGCCAGCUCUAAUGUAUAUUAUCUGAGACCGUUUAAUCACAGCGGUUUUUCCUCGCUGAGAGAAUUUAGCACCAGCAGUUAAGGCAGCCACACUGUAGAUAUUCUAGGGUUCCUCUUUGAUGCGUAUACCCAUCUCUCUUGAGUUACUUCUGAUUUCUCAGUCUCUGCCAUUCUAGUCUUGUAGAAAAUGUAACAUAAUCAUUGCCUUCAUCAGAUAGAAGUAUGGGUAAGAAUUAAUACGGGGAGAUAGAGUUGUCUGAGUGAAUCUUAUUACUGCAAAACAUGCGUAAGGAACGGUAUUAGUUACAGCUCGAUUCAUUUCUGAAAUCUACAAUGUUCAUAAUAUUAUGUCCUGCAGGAAAUGGUUUCCAGUCCCCCAGAAACACCACCAGAUAUCUUCUUUUGAUUUUCUUUCAGAAUUUAGGAUUGUAUGAUGUGUAAGAGUACGUAAAACAAUAAAAUCAAAGUUUAUUUUAAAAA